AUGCUAUCGUUCCUGGCGGUUGGCCCCGACCUCCUUGCCGCCGAACUGCUCAAGGUCGACGGCGACGACGAGCCCAUUGUCCUGGAGCGCCUCCGUGCCAUCUUCGUCGAAGUGUGGAAUGGGGGAGAGAUGCCGCAGGAGUGGAAGGAUGCCAUCAUUAAGGUGCUGUACAAGAAGGGUGACCGUUCGAACUGCAACAACUACAGGGGCAUCUCGCUGCUCUCGCAUGUAGGCAAAGUACUCGCCAAGACCAUCACCAACCGCCUGAGCGCAUUCUGCGAAGCCAACGAAAUCCUCCCGGAGGAACAGUGCGGGUUCCGGCCUGGCCGAUCCACGGUAUGCAUGCUGUUCGUUGUGCGCCGACUCCAGGAGCUGGGGCGGAGGAGGAGAAUCCCGCUCUACAUGUGCUUCAUCGAUCUGCAGAAGGCAUAUGACUCGGUGGACCGGGAGCUACUGUGGAAGGUGCUGGCCCGGGCCGGGAUCCCCGGGGAGAUGAUCGCCGUCAUCCGCAAGUUCCACGUCGGAAUGCGGGCCCGGGUCCGCACGGACGAUGGGGAGCUAUCGGACUGGUUCCCGGUCACGCAGGGACUGCGACAAGGGUGCUCAAUUUCCCCACUGCUGUUCAACGUCUUCUUCGCCGCGCCUCUCGAGGUCAUUGUCGCACGGUUCAGCAAGGAUGAGGUUAUCAUGCGGGACCUAGUAUACCUGAAGGAGGAGGAAGGGGGGGGGAGGACAUUGCUGGACCGAGUUCGGAGGGCGGUGUGGGGGAUGCUAUAUGCCGACGAUGCCGGCAUUGUGUCGAAGUCCGCCGACGGCCUGGCGAGGAUGAUGACCAUUAUCGUGGAGGUGUUCCGGGAGUUCGGGCUGACGGUGUCGGAGAGGAAGACGGAGACCCUGGUGAUGCGGGUGAAGGAGAGACAGCGACCGCCGCCGCCGCCACCGCCGGUGCUGACCAUCGAAGCAGCGGGGCAAAGGUACGCACAGACGACCGAGUUCCGAUACCUGGGCGGCCUCGUCAACGAGCAGGGCGACCUCACCCGAGAGAUCAACCACAGGAGCAAAGCAGCGUGGGCGUGCAUUAAGCGAUACGCCACGGAGCUCUUCGACCGACCGGGAGCACCGUUUCGCCUCAAAGCCCGCCUGCUCCAGGCGGAGGCAGUGGAGGCACUGCUAUACGGCUGCAUGACAUGGUCCCCACGCCGCGACCACUACCGGCUGCUGCAGACGACGCACCACCGCCUGCUUCUGCGAGUCAUCGGCUACCGGCGCGAACGAGGCACCUACCGGCAGCUGUCAUACGCCCAGGCGCUNUAGGAGCUCUUCGACCGACCGGGAGCACCCUUUCGCCUCAAGGCCCGCCUACUCCAGGUGGAGGCAGUGGCGGCACUGCUAUACGGCUGCAUGACAUGGUCCCCACGCCGCAACCACUACGGAAUGCUGCAGACGACACACCACCGGCUACUCCUGCGAGUCAUCGGCUACCGGCGCAAACGAGGCACCUACCGGCAGCUGUCAUACGCCCAGGCGCUAAAGAGGGUCGGCUGCCAGAGCGUGGAGGCCACUGUCCGUCAACGGCGCCUGCUCUUUGCGGGGGCGGUGGCAAGACAGCCAGACGGGCGGCUUCCGAAAUGGCUGAUGUUCGGCGAGUUGGUGGGAGGGGAGAACCCGGGCCGGGGAAGCCCGGAGCCGAACUAGCUGAUAUGCCUAAAGGACGACCUGGAGAUGUUCGAAGCCAGACACGGCUCCAUGCCCGACAAGCGGAGCUUCUUAGGAAUCCCGAAGCCAGACUGGGACGAGGCGGCGAAGGUGGAGGGGGGGGUACCGUGGCACGCGGGGGUGCUACAGGGAGCUGAGAGGUUUAUGGCCUCUUGGCACAAGGGCGAGGAGAAGGCCAGCCGACAACGAGCCAUCAAACGAGGAGACAGCGGGCCCAAAAAUUGUCUAGAUACGGCACCAAUCAACGGCGCGGGAGGGGGACGGGAUGAAACGGCGCGGGAAGGAAGCAAGCGAGAAGAGACCGACCGCGUGACGUGACAUGUUGCGGUUGAAUUUCAGCGACUAGUUUUCUGUUGCCCUCUCCCCCGUUUGCUGUCGCGUUCAGACUGUCUCUACGGAUAUCCCUCUCUCUGUGCGAGUUUGUUUAUGUCCUCGUCUGUCUUUGGUGUAUUUCGUUUUAGUUUGUUUUGUUGUUUUAUAGGCACGUACUGCUGACCCUUGGGGUCCUUCCGGAAGGCUACCCCCAGGCUGGUGGUGCGCACGUUCCACUAUAUAUUUCUUUAUUUGUUUCUGGUUCUUUUGUUUUCUUGUAUUAUGUC